CCCAUACAUUAAGAAUGGAUAAAAAAGAGGGAAACUGAAUUAUAAAUAACUUUAAAUUUAUAAAUAAAAGAUUAUGAAAACCAAAGAAUAGCAAGGAAGGCUACAAUUUAAAUAACAAAUUCAAGUCAGGAAAAGCAGAACAGACAAGCAUGACAGAAACAGAAAAAAAUCUCUCUGAAGGCGCCCAAACUGAAUCAAACACGCGCAUCCCCAGUAACAAUGAAUGAGACGGCCUUAUCCUCACUGAUAUCAAACAGCCAGUUCUUCAAGUGCAUGUAGAUAAGUACCAUAAGCUGGUAUCAAAGAAACGUCUUCAUAAACUAGUUUUUUCGAAUUCCCUUCUCAAAAUAGCAUAAAAAAUAAUCCAAUUUCUAAAAUCAUAAUUUUGCAGUUACGGUAUGGCAUUCCAACUCAGUAGAGCACUUGUACGGCUAAGCAGUAUUAACACUAACUUGGGCUACAUUAAUUUCACCCAGGCUUCAAGUAAAGCAAUCCAAACAAUUAAUUUUAUGGAUGCAUAACAACUGUAAUACAUAUAUUUAAAAUGCUCAAUGAAAAUUCAAUGUAGUAUUUAUUAAAUAUAACUGAUUUGCACCUUGUCUUUUAUGCAAGUUUCCAUUACGGUAUAUCAAUGGGCCAUUCAAAUUUUCCGCCGCUUCUUGCCUCUCUCUGUCAUGGCUGCCCAUGUUCAAUUCGUAACAGGAAUAGAGCAACUCAGCCACUAUAGUUUACUAUAUUAAAAUUUUUAGCUCGUUGGUCCAGAAUCACCCCUCCUCACUACAGUCACAUACAGUCACAUUGCAGUUUUGAUUAGUUGUUCCCUCUUUCCUUGGUUUGUGAAAAGAAAAUAAAUAUCAUGGAAUCUAUUGUGAAGUCCGAGCCAAGCAAAUCGGAAGAAUGGCUAGAAGACAUGGCAUCUGUUACUGUUAAAGAAGAAAUCGACAUAGAAUAUGGCAUGCCCUGGCUUGGCAAGCAGGAGUUUCCGGAUGAGGAACAGGAGUCGUCAUCAUCAGCUGUUCGUGGUAGUGACUCCUCUGCUGAAGAGGAGGAAGAAGGUAGCAAUGGAAAAGUGGGAGAAGAAGAUGUCAAACAAGAGAAGGUGUUAUGCAAAACUGCUCUCAAAAAACCUCAUUUGUGUACAUUCUGUUCCAAAAGGUUUUCUCAUUCUUGUCGUUUAACUGUUCAUAUGCGUUCUCACACAAAAGAGAAGCUUUUCCAGUGUACAGUAUGUACUAAAAGUUUCUCCAAUUCUGGUUAUUUGACUGUUCAUAUGCGUACUCACACAAAAGAGAAACCUUUCCAGUGUACAGUGUGUACUAAAAGGUUCUCCUUGUCUUGUAAUUUAACCACCCAUAUGCGUAUUCACACUAAAGAGAAGCCUUUCCAGUGUACAGUGUGUUCAAAAAGGUUCUCCACUUCUAGUAAAUUGACUGUUCAUAUGCGUACUCACACAAAAGAGAAGCCUUUCCAGUGUUCAGUCUGUACAAAAAGGUUCCCCGCUUCUAGUGAUUUAACACGGCAUAUGCGUACUCACACAAAAGAGAAGCCUUUCCAGUGCACCGUGUGUACUAAAAGGUUCUCCACUUCUGGUGUAUUGACUGUUCAUAUGCGUACUCACACAAAAGAGAAGCCUUUCCAGUGUACAGUGUGUACUAAAAUGUUCUCUAAGUCUACAAAUUUGACUGUUCAUAUGCGUACUCACACAAAAGAGAAGCCUUUCCAGUGUACAGUGUGUUCAAAAAGGUUCUCCACUUCUAGUAAAUUGACUGUUCAUAUGCGUACUCACACCAAAGAGAAGCCUUUCCAGUGUUCAGUCUGUACAAAAAGGUUCCCCGCUUCUGGUGAUUUAACACGGCAUAUGCGUACUCACACAAAAGAGAAGCCUUUCCAGUGCACAGUGUGUACUAAAAGGUUCUCCACUUCUGGUGAAUUGACUGUUCAUAUGCGUACUCACACAAAAGAGAAGCCUUUCCAGUGUACAGUGUGUACUAAAAUGUUCUCUAAGUCUACAAAUUUGACUGUUCAUAUGCGUACUCACACAAAAGAGAAGCCUUUCCAGUGUACAGUAUGUACUAAAAGGUUCCCCACUUCUGGUGAUUUAACACGGCAUAUGCGUACUCACACAAAAGAGAAGCCUUUUCAGUGUACAGUCUGUACAAAAAGGUUCUCCAAUUCUGGUUAUUUGACUGUUCAUAUGCGUACUCACACCAAAGAGAAGCCUUUCCAGUGUUCAGUCUGUACAAAAAGGUUCCCCGCUUCUGGUGAUUUAACACGGCAUAUGCGUACUCACACAAAAGAGAAGCCUUUCCAGUGCACAGUGUGUACUAAAAGGUUCUCCGCUUCAGGUGAAUUGACUCUUCAUAAGCGUACUCACACAAAAGAAAAACCUUUCCAGUGUACAGUGUGUACUAAAACGUUCUCCUUGUCUGGUAAUUUAACCAUUCAUAUGCGUAUUCACACCAAAGAGUAGCCUUUCCAGUGUACAGUGUGUGCAAAAAUGUUCUCUCAGUCAGCAAGUUUGACUCGGCAUAUGCAUACCCACACAGUUUAAAUAAAUCAAUUUCUUCUCUACUGGUGUGUGUUACAUAUGUUAUAUGUUCCUGAAAAUAUUCAAAUUUAUUUAUCCUUAAUGAAAAUUACAAAGUUUAAAACUUAGUAUAAAAUACAUUACUUGAACUAAUACAUUUCAAGCCUUUGUUUUUCAAUUAUCAAUGUUACUUCAUAAUACUAGUUACCUCAUUUAUACUAGUUACUAAUACUAACUCGUAGAUCAUAAUUUAUACAUUAUAUAGUUUAAUAAUAGUAUAUCAUGGUGAUUGGAAAGUAAAGAAUGUCUCAGUUGAGUUUUAUUGUCAAAUUCAUUGACCUAAUAGAUCAAAUUUUGUUAGCUUCUUGAGUUCAGCUUGUUCUUGCAUCUAUUCUUCCCUCGGCCUGCUUAUGCAUCUUUUACUUUUUAGCUUAAGUAAUCCAGUUCCCAAUCCCAGACUAUUUUGAUAAUGACAUAUUUAAUAGUGAAGUCCCCAGGCCACGGAACAAACGGGCAAGUUUGGUGAUGGGGCACUACACAGGGUUAUCUUCCUCAACUCAUCAGCCUCUAUAUGUUUUUGAAAUAUAUAAUAUUAGAAACAUUUUAGACAAUAUACUUCAAACUCCGGCACAUUAUUCCUUUAUUUUCAAUAUUUUUUUGUAAUAUUUAUCAUAAAUUAUCUUCAUCAGAUUUUUAUGCUCUCUUAUAUGCUUAGUAAGUUGUCAUUUAUGUGUUAUGAAUAUUAUGUAAUAUUUCCUUACAAUAUAUUUGAAUACUAUGUAUUGAGAUAAACUCACAAUCAUUUCAUUAGGAAUGUUGUAUGAAUUGAGUGUUAUUAAACAACUUUUUACUAACUGGGUACUGAGUGAUUGAGUAAGGGGAUUUUAAUGUUGUUGCCAACCUCAUUAAAGGAAGUGUAGUUUUGGCCUAUGCCAGAAAAGCACUAAGGACUGUUGAUUGAUAAAUGUCCCUAUAAUUGUCAGGCUUUAAUAAGAUGAAACUGAGCUUUUUGGUUUUAAAUAUUAGACUAUCUAUGUCCAAAGACUGCCUUUCACCAUUAUAUUGAUUUUAUCCACUAGUUUUGAUAAUUAUGAAUAUGUCCAUUGAUAUUUUAUUGUUAGUUUUAGUCUAUGUAUUGAUUUAUGAAAUUCUAAGACUAUUUUCAAUUUUAUUUUAUAAUAGUAUAGUCUAUGACAUGUGAAUAAAUAGAUAGAUAGAAAAAAUUGAUUCUCCUGAAAAAAAACCUAUGCUCACUCUUUUGAGUUGCUUUCCGGAUCUGCUGUACUCGUUAUUUUAUUUUUUACUCUCAUUAUCACAUACAUUUUAUUAAUUCAAAUGGUAGUCCUUGUGAAAAGUUGAUGUCUAUGAUAUAUUUUUUCCUACUUUAUUCAAUUUGUUAUUGAUCAAAUUGCCCUAUAAAUACUUUAGUGAUUAAAAUGGCUCCAGUUCCUAGAGAGAUUUUUGAUUGUAAUAGGUGAAAUGACAAUAAAUUUAGGAAAGAACAUAAUUCAUAGAAUAAAAACUGAGCUAAUAAAAUGAGAAGAGUAUACAAUUUAUUUUGAGACAGGAAGCAUAAUAUUAAGUAGAUUACAAUCACAAUAUGGUAAUUCUAAAAGUAGAUAAAACAUUUUCUACAAUUAUGCAUGAUAGACUUUACAAGUAUUCUAUUAAUUUAAAACGAAUUAUGGGGUAUACUGACUAUAGAAAAAGAUUCCCAACAAGAAGAGACAAAUAAUAGAUAUUGACAUGCCAGUGAUAUUAAGAUAAACAAGUAGGCUAAGCUUAUGUCUAGAUAUUGAAGUACCAUUGUAAAACUUGACUUCAAAAACCAUUGUAUUGUAUUAUUUAUUUCUAUUUCUGUCAUUGCUAAUUUAUGUAAUAAAUUGAUCAAAUUCACAGUA